AUGGAAGGUACUGUGAAGUGCCCAGCGAAUUACCUUCCUUUGACUCCCAUAAGUUUCUUGGAACGCUCGGCAAUUGUGUACAGAGAUAGGAUUUCAGUAGUUCAUGGUGACAUCAACUUCACUUGGGCACAGACUCGAGAGAGAUGCGUCAGACUUGCUUCCGCACUUCACCAACUGGGAAUUUCUCGUCAUGAUGUGGUUGCUGCCUUGGCCCCGAAUAUUCCUGCAAUGUAUGAGCUACACUUCGGUGUCCCCAUGGCCGGGGCUGUUCUUUGUACUCUUAACAUCCGUCAUGAUUCAGCAAUGGUGUCAUUAUUGCUGAAGCAUUCUGGUGCAAAAGUUGUAUUUGUUGAUCAUCAGUUUCUUGAUAUUGCCUUGGGAGCUUUGAAAAAUCUAUCGAAGAUGAUCAGCAAAUUACCUCAUUUAAUCAUAAUCUCAGAUUUGAAGGACACGAUUCUGGAUAAUGGGACAUUGGAAUAUGAGAAAUUCUUGGCAUCGGGACAUCCAGAUUUUGAGAUAAUUAGGCCACAUGAUGAAUGGGAACCUAUAUCUCUCAAUUAUACUUCUGGGACAACAUCAAAUCCUAAAGGCGUAGUGUACAGUCACAGAGGAGCAUAUCUAAAUUCUCUAGCUGCUGUUUUUUUGAAUGAAAUGGCAUCAAUGCCUGUUUAUUUAUGGACUGUCCCUAUGUUCCACUGCAAUGGCUGGUGCCUUACCUGGGCUGUUGCUGCACAGGGCGGCACGAACGUUUGUCUUAGGAAUGUUACUGCGAAAGGGAUUUUUGAGUCAAUCUCACGACAUCAAGUAACUCACAUGAGUGGCGCACCUACGGUUUUAAAUAUGAUUGUAAAUGCACAAGAAAAUGAUCAUAGGCUGCUCCCUGGAAAAGUUAAUGUAAUGACAGGUGGUGCACCUCCUCCUCCUCAAGUGCUUUUUAAGAUGGAGGAAUUAGGUUUCAAUGUAACUCAUUCAUACGGUUUGACAGAAACCUAUGGUCCCGGAACAGUUUGUGCUUGGAAGCCCGAGUGGAACCCUUUACCACCUGAUGCACGGGCCAAGAUCAAAGCUCGUCAAGGGUUGCACCACCUCGGUAUGGAAGAAGUCGAUGUGAAAGAUCCUGUAACAAUGAAGAGUGUGCCUGCGGAUACCAAGACCAUGGGCGAGGUAAUGUUUAGAGGGAACACUGUCAUGAACGGGUACUUAAACAAUCCUGAGGCGACACGCAAAGCUUUUAAAGGUGGAUGGUUUCGAACAGGGGACUUGGGAGUGAAACAUCCUGAUGGGUACAUAGAGUUAAAAGAUCGGUCCAAAGACAUAAUCAUCUCAGGUGGAGAAAACAUCAGCACGAUCGAGGUGGAAGCCGCGAUAUAUACCCAUCCAGCUGUGCUCGAGGCAGCUGUGGUGGGACGGCCUGAUGAUUAUUGGGGUGAGACGCCUUGUGCAUUUUUGAAACUGAAGGAUGGAGGCAACACCACGACAAGCCCGGAUGAAAUCAUCCAGCACUGUCGUGACAGGCUGCCGCAUUACAUGGCUCCAAGAACAGUAGUUUUCGUGGAGGAGUUGCCUAAAACAUCAACUGGGAAGAUUCAGAAGUUUGUUCUCAGGCAGAAGGCUAAAGCUAUGGGCAGCCUUUCUAGAACCACCAGUAAACUGUAA